AUGACAAGAUUUCAACGACGGGUAGCGACCAUCGCUUUGCUGAGCCUUUUGGUCCCCUUCAAACCGACACAUGGUUUUUGGCUUAGAAAUGGCGAGAGAAUUGACAACAAUGACGAGCACGAUGAUGGCAACAUGCAACGACAAGCCCAAGUAGUGUUCGAUUUGCCAACGCAAGAGCCAAGCUCGAACCUCACAACAACCACACCCUCCACUGGUCUCCCCAGCAUUGCUCCCUCCACUGCACCAAGUGAGUCUCCUAGUACUGGGCCCAGUGAGACUCCUAGCACCACUACGCCUAGUCAAAUCCCUAGUACGGUUCCAUCAUCCGGUCCCAGCACUGUUCCCAGUGGCACGCCAAGUGUGCAAACGAGUAGUGAAUCCAUCGAAGCAACUACCACAGCUCCCAGUAUGCCUCCAAAUACAAAUUCUACCAGUGUUCCAACCGUAUCCUCCCAGACGAGUGCUCCAUCAACAGCAGGCGCAGCGGCAGAAACUACUGGCAGUCCCACAGGUAAUCCCGGGGAAUCAGUGGUUCCACCCGAUGUCGACCCCGAAGGACCGGAAGAAACUGCCGAAGAGGAAGAACAAGAAGAUGCUGACGUCGUUCAAGCGCCAGUUGCCUUAGUCGUCGCAACGGCGACAAGAAGACCGAGCAGUCCUCCCGUUGCAGCGACAGCAACUGAGACUCCAUCACAAACGCCAUCACAAGCACCUUCGCAAGCACCCACAGGUGGCUCUGACCAUAGUACUUCUUCUCCUACAGCCGCAAUGGAGACAUUGGUUGCACAAGCUGUCCAAAUCAGCCGUGAUCAGACAACUGAAACAGAAGAAAUCACCCGUGAUCAGACAGUGGAUACAGAAGAAAUCACCCGCGAUCAGACGGUUGAAACAGAAGAAGAAAUCACCCGCGAUCAGGCAGUUGAAACAGAAGAAAUCACCCGCGAUCAGACAGUUGAAACAGAAGAAAUUACCCGUGAUCAGACAGUUGGCACAGAAGAAGAGGUAACGCCACCAGCAUUCUAUGAGGGAGUUUCUUGGUUUGAUCUCCCAAUGAACGCCAAAGCGGCAGCCAUGACUCUGGGAUAUGACCAAACAGCGUGGGAUUUCAAGACGAGAGUGUUCUCAGAUUCGAUGUCUUGGGGUAACAUGACACUCGAGGAACAAAUGUCGGCGACAAUCUUGGGAUAUGACGAGGCUACAUGGAAUGCCAAGAUUGCAGACCCUCCAGAGCCAGCACAAUCAGGGGUUCCGCAUGGCACUGGUGAUGGAUGGAGCAGUACCUGGACUAUGACUGAUCCCGCCCCGACUGAGGGCACUGCCGAUGCAGACCAAGAUACCACAAACCAGGAUGAAGCUACAGGAUCGUCAUCCGAGGCAGAUGGCUCUCCAACCGACAGUAGUGCUGCCUCUGUCCCAGAAAAGGAGGAUUCUGCGGUGUCGUCGGCAGCUUCUGGUGCAUCGGCUGAAGCGGGAACUGGUGAAGCUUCGAGACCAGAUUACUUGGCCAUGGAUUGGGUCGACUUGCCAGAAACACAACAGAACGCCGCGAAGGAGCUCGGAUAUGACGAGAAUACUUGGGACAACGAAAUACCAGUGUCAUCAAGGUAUUUGUACUGGAACCAAAUGACAUUUGCACUCCGGCAAGCCGCCAAGAAGUUAGGAUAUCGGCAGACAUCCUGGAAUGAACGUGUAAUGGAAGCCCCAGAUCAAGGCUCUGUAGCUCAAGUUGUCUCGUCGUCGACUGAUCAGGUGACGUUUUAUACUCCUCCCGCAACUGUGAAUGUGAAUCGUCGUUCGAGAGAACAGGAGGAUGAGGAGGAGGACGAGGAAGGGGAAGAAGUCGAGGAGGAGGAAGCAGACGAAGGAGUCAUCGACGUUGAGAAAGGUGACAAGCGAAACAAAAGGGAAAACGAAACACCCGACAUGCAGCAAAUGAAGGACGAAAUGGAUGGCUUGAAGAAGGACCUUAAGAAUGCAUUGGACAUGCUCAAGGCGCAUGAACAAGUACUAAAGGCAUUGCAAGGUCUCGACCCCGAUGCAACUAUUGGUUCAGUUCAACAGCUUGUACAGAUGGGAAGAUAUAAGGAUAAGAAAAACGGGUCAGAAGGAAGAGGCGGUGCUGGUGGAGGACAACUUGUGAGACCGGUUGCAUAUGCACGCGACUACGACGACAACGAAGACUCGGUGAACGACAAUGCUUCGAAAAGGUCAAUGUCGUUCUUUGGACGGAACAACGAUGGUGACAGCGAAAGCAUAGACUCAUACGACGGCGAGGACGACGGAGACGGCAUUGAUCGCGGGUACGAUGUGUUCAGAGUUCCACUUCGAAGAUCAAGCGGGGUUACUGCCGAGGAAGAGUACGAGUACGAAGAUGAAGAUGAAGGGAGAGUCCCGUUCAGAAGGUCUAGUGGGACGAUCCUAGGUGUCGGAGUACCAUAG